AAAAAGCAGUAAGGGGCCACUUGGUGUGUACAGGCUCUCACUUUGGACUCCCACCUAAUCGAAGUACAGUACCACUAAUGGCUCCAGCAAAGUACUCAUGACUUUGUGGGAGAUGGGCAGUUGAAUGCCGUGAGCGCUCCACUUCAAAACUUGUCAAAAGCCUUCUUCAAAUAGUCUCUCCUCUUCUCUUAUUCCCUCUUCACCUCAAGGACUUAGAAGAGCUUCAGUGAUUUCCUCAAAUAGAAGGAUUUUGUUUGAUUGUUUGAGCGCUUGUUGUGAAGCUCCUUUCCUCAUGAUGAGGCAAUCAUCAAGCAGGAAUCAAAGAUACAAGGGGGGUUUUAGAUUUAGACAUUUCCUUCAGAUAUGCCUCUUGCUUGCUAUAUGCAUUUGGCUGGUGUACCAGGUCAAGCACUCUCAUGACAAGAAAAGAGCUUUUGUAGAGAGGAAAGAAGUUGAAGAUCAGGCUUUUUCCUUUCGGUUUGGCAGGAAGGACCUUCCAUCAGUCAAGAGGGAUGAACUGAUGAGAGAGACCCGCGAUGUCGAUGAAGAUGAGUUCCAAGAGCUGGAAAUGAAGAAGGAAGAUGCCCGAGAUGAAGAAGGGGGAGGCGAUGUCGAUGAUUGGAUUGAUGAGCAAGAUCGAGAACAGCGAGGUGACGAAAACGAGCUAGAAAUCGAGUUGAAAAAUGAAGAAGAGAAUGGAAGUCUUGUGGGGGAAGCCAACUCAGUUGAUCGCCUGGAACAUGUGGAUAAUUUGACUGAAACAGAGGCAGAACAUGCAGAUGCAAGAGGUUUGGAUGAAGAGAAACCAAACAAUAUGGAUGCAAAUCUGAAGGGAAGUUCAACCAAUGUAUCUGUUGAUGUUUCUAAUAAGAUUUACAAUAGUACAAACAAUGGGGAUUUGAAUGGUUUUGUAGGCAAUCAUAGUAAUAUUGGCUUGAGAGGAAAUGCUACUUUUCAUGAAGCUGGUAAUCAUUCUAUGAAUGGGACUUCAUCAGAGAAAAGUGAAUCAGUUUUUGGAGUUUCCAAAUAUGAAAAUGAUUCCAACUCAAGUCCAAUAUCUGUUGAAGAGAGCAAUCCCAAUUUGUUGCUUACAAAUUCAACAACAAUAAGAUUACCUAUGGUUACAACUAUUUCCACAACAAAUCUGUCUGAAAGUCUUAUGGAAAAUCGAAACCUUUCCGCAAUUGCGAAUUCGCCGUCUUACAAAGAGAUUAUAGUGAAUGAAACUGCGAGCUUGAUGGUAGUUAGUCAAAAGCAGACCAUUCAGAAUGCAACUAUAGGGGAAAACCAUGCUAAAUCAAAAGACUUGGUGGUUGAAUUUGAUCAUCAUCUCAAGUCGAAGAUAAAUGAAGAACAAGAAUCAGAUGAUCAGUUUGCGACCAUAUCUUUCAACAAGAAUGAGAUUAGUCUGUCUCAAACUACUCUAACAGAAGAAGAGAGGGAGGCUCGCACUGACCUGUCGACAUUACCAGAAAUCCAUAAUGAUAUAAGGCAUGAUUAUGAGGAAACUGAACAGUAAUGGCAUGUUCUCAUCAAACUGAGCCAUCUUUUGUAACAAAACUAGUCAUGUAGCUAAGAAUCCUCUUAAAGUCUCUGUAAUAUUUUUCAUAGUUUUGUAAUCAAUGAGAUUCUAUGUUUGGAAAGAUAAUUUUUUUUCUUAUUGACACUUUAAUAUUAAUUUUA